CUUAUGUGCUUCUUUUAAUCUUUCUUCGUAAUGUUAAUAUCGUGUAAAUAAUGUGCAAUUAACAAGUAAUUAUAAUUGAAAAUAUAAAAAGUGAAGAAGAAUCUUUGGAUUAAUUCUUAGGAAGGAGUUCCCUUUCGCCCUGUGAGAUAUUUUGUCAUAUACACCAAUAGUAACACAAAGAAUUGUUCGCGUUGGUUAUAUAUAUUCAUAAAUACACAUACAAAUGUGUGUAGAUAAAUGCAAACAUAUGUAUAUAAACAUGUAUAAACCUAUCGGAGGAUUUGGGUGAUAUGUAGAUUUAAAAAGAUUUAAUAUUAUUUGGCACGGCCUAGUGAUUUUAAGUCAUCAUUAAUCGUGAACUGUAAUAGUGACAUGGAGAACAGGGAGGAACAGUUGUCAGGUGAAAUUUGUGCUUCAGGUGAAGCUGCAAAACAUCCCAAUUUAUCUUCAAAUCAAAAACUGCAACUAACCACAAAUCCUUUACUUCUAACAUGUUCAGCACCAACCGAUAGGUAUGUGGGGAAUAGUGAAUAUGAUCAUUUAUAUCGGCAAUAUGUGGGCAUAGAAUCUACCAGAAACCCAGAGUUUAUAAAUGGGUGGUUUUCGAAUUCUUUCAAUAAAUCGUCAAUGGCUGCAAUGAUGAAUGCUGCCACCAACAAAGUAUUGCACAUAAAUGUUCAUGAACUCUUGAUAGAGAACCGUUCUCUUAGAGAAAAAUUAAAGGAAGUGAUCACCGAUCGGGAUCGUCUACUCUGCGAAGUAUCAAAUCUUCGACUAGAGCUGGAUAUGGCAGAGUUAAAACGUCUACCGGAAGAAAGCUUUCCUCAGAAAUCCGUUGAGCGCAGUGCUGCAGCUCAAUGUUGUACCAAUGCAUUGCCUGGAUCGAAUACUUCGAGUUCGGAAAGUGGAGGCUAUCUAUAUUUGCAGCAGCAUUAUGUUCCGUCAUCGAUUCCUUCCAAUUCUAGCUCUACUGCAUAUUAUUCAGAAGCCCAGCCUAAUAUGAUCUUCCAAAAUUAUCCACAGCAAAACUCGUCGUGCCAUCAACAUCCGAUAUCCGGAAUACUUUGCACAGAUGAUAUGCAAUAUAUGCAACACACGAAUGUGCAUGAGCACGGUCACAGAAGUUAUCAACUGCACGGUCAUCCUCAAUACCAUUAUCAUGGUGGAGCGAUCGUUGUAUCCGCAAACAAUGUAAAUACAAGCAUGGGUAGUGGUGGAACGUCGCCUUCAAAUUUACAUCAACAAAAUAUGCAUAAGAAGCAUUCGAUUCGGAACAGCGGUGACAUGUUGAAACGGUCUCGAACUCAAUCAGUGUAUGAGCUUUCGCAAGAUUUACUUGAAAAACAGAUCGAAUUGCUCGAACGUAAAUACGGUGGAGUACGUGCCCGCAACGCAGCUAUAACGAUUCAAAGAGCAUUUCGCCACUAUAUGAUGGUAAAGAAAUUUGCCUCAAUUACAGCUAUGGCCAAAGCAGAAAAACGAAGCAGUCGACGUACAUUGCUAGUCGGAGCUAAAGAUGAAACGGCAAUUAGUGCGCCAAUAACUAAAACAACUGAUUCUGAGAAUGCAACUGAAUCCCAAUUGGAUGUCACAGCAACCAUAAUGUCUGCGAAAGCCCAGCAACAACAACAACAACCUCGUGUAACAAUAUUAGCAGGACCAGCUGGCGCUAAUAAUCAUCAAAGUAUGUCGGGUACCCGUACUCCACCGACAAGAUCCAUGUCCAUGCGUGAACGGCGUAAUGCUGAUGACAGUUUACCACGAAGUCAAUCAGGAGCACAUAGCAUUUCUGCGAUCUGUUCAUCAUCUUCUACCGGUUCUAAUCAUCCUCAUGUCAAUUUGUUGCACGCCGCCGAGGCGCAUUAUUAUAGUGUGCAAAAUAUUGGUGGCGGGCACACGCCAGCACAUUGCGGUAGUUAUCAUUCUUUACAUCAUGACGCGAGUUUUGCCAGUUCAGCUAAUAGUUCCAAUUUGGAUUCUUCAUUAAAUAUAUCAUGGGUGAAUACUAGCGUAUCGUCUCCACAUACACCUUAUUAUUCCGCAGCUCAAAUUUACAUGCGUCCUCGUGGGUCCUCUUCGUCGCAGGAACGCAAGAAGGUGCCCCCCGAAGUUCCAAAAAGAACCUCCUCAAUGACUGCUCAGCAGCAUGGGCAGCACAUUGCGUCUCAACAUCAGCAGCUCCAUACGAAUCAGCAAAUGGCUAUAAUACGUCAAACACAAUCGCCGUCUUCAAUAAUGCGUUCAAAUGGUUUAAACAAAACAGCCGAGAAUGGCAGCCUUACAUCGGUGCAAAGUUCGGGCAGUGAUUCUAGUGCAAUAUCUGUAGAACGCAACGUUAUCAGCGAUUUGGGUUCAGAUCGUUCGAAUUCGCCGAACUCAUGGAAACGUGGUGCUAACAUUAACAGUCUACAACAGUUUUUGCACGUAUCAGAUCAGUCCUGCGCACACACUCCAAACAAUGUUGCAGUUACGGGCACAUCUAAUGCUACUGGCAUUUCUUCCUGCGAAGAAAAAACACUGCCUUCCCAUUCAAGUACUGUCCAGUGUGAACAACAGGAAAAUCAAAUCGAGGCUUCAAUACCAACUACCAACUAUAAGGUUUCUGAGACUCUCCGGAAACGCCAGUACAGAGUAGGCUUAAAUUUGUUUAAUAAGAGACCUGAAAAAGGUAUUAUAUACCUCAUACGUCGUGGUUUUCUUGAAAAUACGCCGCAAGGUGUUGCGCGAUUUUUGAUAACUCGCAAAGGCUUAUCGCGCCAAAUGAUUGGAGAGUAUUUGGGCAAUCUUCAAAGUCCAUUUAAUAUGGCCGUACUUAAUUGCUUUGCAAUGGAACUUGAUCUUUCCGGCAUGCAGGUAGACGUGGCUCUCAGGAAAUUUCAGACGUAUUUUCGAAUGCCAGGCGAAGCACAAAAAAUUGAAAGACUUAUGGAAGUGUUUUCACAACGUUACUGCCAAUGUAACCAAGAUAUUGUGGGACGUUUGCGCUCUUCCGAUACGAUUUUUGUAUUGGCAUUUGCUAUCAUAAUGCUAAAUACUGACUUGCACACACCAAAUUUAAAACCGGAAAGGCGAAUGCGCGUUGACGACUUCAUUAAGAAUUUACGUGGCAUAGACGAUUGUCACGAUAUUGAUAGGAAUAUGCUUGCCGGGAUAUAUGAGCGCGUCAAAACAAAUGAAUUUAAGCCGGGAAGUGAUCACGUAACACAAGUAAUGAAGGUGCAGGCUACUAUCGUUGGAAAGAAGCCAAAUUUGGCUUUACCCCAUCGACGAUUGGUUUGCUAUUGUCGUUUAUAUGAAAUUCCCGAUAUUAAUAAAAAAGAGCGGCCAGGUGUUCAUCAGCGCGAGGUAUUCCUCUUUAACGACCUACUAGUCAUAACGAAAAUUUUCAGCAAAAAGAAGUCGUCUGUCACAUACACGUUCCGUCAUAGUUUUCCUUUGUGCGGCAUGGUUGUGACUCUAUUAGAUGUACCCAAUUACUCAUGUUGUAUUCAGCUGUCACAGAAAGUUGACGGAAAAAUUUUAUUUACUUUUAACGCCCGCAACGAACACGAUCGAUGCAAAUUUGCAGAGGAUCUUAAAGAAUCUAUUUGUGAAAUGGAUGAGAUGGAAGCACUACGGAUUGAGGCAGAGCUAGAGCGCCAAAAAUCGUCGCGAACACGACCAUCUGGUACGUCCGAGAACAGAGACAGCGGUGUUGGUGAUGUAGAGAUUUGUCCGUGCCCAUUCCAGGUACCUCAACAGAGUGAAUUGCCGCCUAAUUCAUCGGAAACCGCACAACUCAAACGUAGUGCACUAAGCAAUAGUUUGCUAGAUAUACAUGAGCAAUUUGGUAACGACAAACCCCAACGUCGAGGUAGCGUAGGAUCUUUGGACAGUGGUAUGUCAAUUUCAUUUCAGUCAACAACAACCAGUAAUGCUUCUCGUGAAAAUGCAGCUGUCGUCGCCGUAGCAGUUAACUCGGCUGCAGCGAAAAUGCGAUUCGUUCAGGCUCCGUCUGCAGUUAGCGGUGUUUAUGUGUCACCUUGUAUCCAAACCUUUAGCAAUAUUAAUAUUGCUCAGCAUCAGCAGUCACCCAUUAAUGUGAUACAUAACCAGCAGAGUUUGCAACAAUCAUUAACUACCGUCGGGCGGAUAACGGGGCGAGAGCGUAAACUGUCGCGGUCGGAGGAGAGUGGACGGUCGACUGAGGUGUAAAUAAAAGAUUCAACAUUUCAGCUUAAAUUUAAGUAAUCCUUAUUCUUAAUCCAUAUUAUAUCCACCAUAUUUUUUGUGUGUUUACAUUGUUAAUUACUUUUAUGGCGUUUACAAAUGCACAAAAAAGUGUUUUAAGUAAUACCGAAUACCGUUUUACACGAUCCAGCAAAUCGAUGCUUGCGUGCAGGCCCUUAAAAGUUAAAAGCCCUAUUGCUAUCGGAAGCGCCCACAUAGACAUGCUUUGAAAGAAAACACAAAAAAAGUGUAUUUUUUUUUCAAGUUUUUCAGGUUUCUUUUAUAUUUAAGUAGUCUCCGCGUGCUCCUAAGCACUUUCACCAUUGCGGAACGCGAAUGUCACGUUACCUUAGCGCAUCUAAUAUUCUGAGUAAGCAUAUUUAUUUUGUAAAGAAUAUUUUAGAGACAAUAUGAAGCUUUACAUGUUUAAAAUAAGGAAGAAAACCUUAAUAAUUAACAAUUUUAAAUAUAAUUAAUUAUCUGAAAGAACAAUAAGUUUCACUUAAUGGUGAAUAUACUUCAUACUUUCUAUAGCUAUAUGGUGGGUAUUGAAAAGAUUCGGUCGAACCCGAAUACAACAACGUCUUAUUUUUGUUUACCUUAUUUUUGAUUUUAAGUCUAAUUACGCUGCACUUGUACUAUCUAUAAAUAAAUAUAUCUAUAAAGAAAAAAAAAAA